AUGAUCCUCCUCACCAACAGCGCCCCACCCAAGCUCCACGUCUCGCGCCCGACGUCGACCACCGUCUGCUUCACCGUCUCCACACGGCCGUCCGCCGACACGGUCCCCAAAAAGGCGCUGCUAUACUCCUCGCACGCCGUCCGCCUCGGCCUCGGCGUUCUGAUCCUCGCGCUCUUCUGGACCAAGUGGCGGAGCUACUUCCCGCUACCGGAUAACGAUGACGAUGCUGCUAGUAGUGGUGGCAGUGUCGACUGGGAGAGGGCUCUGCUGACGAACCGUGUGGGGGUCAUGGUAGCGUGGGCGGCGGAGGGCAUGGAUUGGAGGGCGCUGGUUGUUGGGGGGUUGGCCGGGCUGUGGGGAGUUGUGAGGAGGGGAUAUACCGAGGAAUCGCUGCUCGUGCUGAGAGGCCUCGGCGUGCAGACGUCUAGUUCGUCACCGACGUACCUUUCGACGGCGACGACCAGAUUCAUUCCGACGGCAUCGAUACAGGAUAUCUUCAUCCACGAGGCGUUCAAGGGAUUUGAGGUCAGGUUCUAUUUGUGUAUUGUGGUGGAGGGAGAAGAGGAUACAGUGGUAGUGUUCCCGAACCUCCUCCCGAAGCGUCAGAUACUCGAGGAAGUGUGGCGUGGUACGAAGGCAUGCUUAUACGAGCCGAAAUCUUGA